UGCUGUCACCUCUGGCUGUUGGUGUCACGCAGUGGCAGCCCAGGGCUGAGGAAGAUCCAUCCCUGGAGAGGCACUUCAAAGGCCACAGAGAUGCUGUCACUAGUGUGGACUUCAGUUCCACUAAGAAGCAAUUGGCAAGUGGCUCAAUGGAUUCUUGCCUGAUGAUUUGGAGUAUGAAGCCUCAGAUGAGAGCCUAUCGCUUCAUGGGCCACAAAGAUGCAGUUUUGUGUGUCCAGUUCUCACCUUCUGGUCACCUUGUGGCUUCAGGCUCUAGAGACAAAACAGUCCGUUUGUGGAUCCCUAGUGUCAAAGGAGAAUCAACUGUGUUCAAGGCUCACACAGGAACCGUGAGAAGUGUUCAUUUCUCCAGCGAUGGCCAGUCCUUAGUUACAGCUUCUGAUGACAAAACAAUCAAAGUGUGGACAGUUCACAGGCAGAAGUUUCUGUUCUCACUGAACCAGCACAUCAACUGGGUUCGCUGUGCCAGAUUCUCUCCUGAUGGACGAUUGAUAGUGUCAUCCAGUGAUGAUAAAACUGUCAAGCUGUGGGACAAAACCAGCAGAGAAUGCAUCCAUUCCUUCUGUGAGCAUGGAGGGUUUGUGAACCACGUGGAUUUCCAUCCCAGCGGAAACUGCAUUGCCGCGGGGGGCACGGACAGCACAGUGAAGCUGUGGGAUGUCAGGAUGAACAGACUGCUUCAGCAUUACCAAGUGCACAGCUCUGUGGUCAACAGUCUUUCCUUUCAUCCCUCUGGAAACUAUCUGGUUACUGCUUCCAGUGAUUCAACUCUUAAGAUUCUGGACUUACUGGAAGGAAGACUUCUCUAUACUCUACAUGGUCACCAGGGACCAGCUACCUGUGUAGCAUUUUCAAGAGAUGGAGACUUAUUUGCUUCUGGAGGUUCUGAUGAACAGGUGAUGGUGUGGAAGACUAACUUUGAUGCUGAUUAUGGUGAAGUAGUGAAACCCCAAAAAUAUGGCAGCAGUGUGGAUGGGACCCAUGGCACUGGGCAGUCAGAAAUGGAUUGUGGCAUUCAUCAUAAAAAAACAAAAACUCAGGAUUCUAGUAGGACCCAGGAGCAGCAAGAGGAGGAGACCAGUCUUGCAAAUACCCUGGAGCAUAUUAUAGGACAGCUGGAUGUUCUAACUCAGACAGUUUCCAUCCUGGAGCAGAGGCUGACACUCACUGAAGACAAGCUGAAGGAAUGUCUUGAGAAUCAGCAGAAAAUCAUUCAGAACAAAACGAACUGAUUUCCUAAAAAUCAGACAAGAGGUGAAGGCAU